UUUGGCGAUUAAAAACGGUAAAUUUUCGAUUUGAAAAUGGUGAUGUCAUCAUGUCAAAUAUUCGGAUAAGGCAAAAGUAAUUUAGGUAGAAGACCAUUUGUCAUUCAUAAAUCUCAACGAAGACGUACAUUAUUAUUUUGAAACAAAUCAAAGGAGGAGCUCAAGGUUAACCGGAAGUGGGACGAUGACGUAGCUAAGCUUUUAUUUGGGUCCCGUCGUAGCGAACUGUUAGCCAACUCAUCUGAAUGGGGAGUUAGCCUCGGAGCUUAACAAGUUACCGUGUUCGAAGGGGACACUAUGGACGCCGUCGACUUUCACAAGAAGAAGAGGAGUGGAGGCACGUCGUUGCUGGACAGCGGGGAGGACUUUGAAGUUUUGGAUGAAGAUGACACUGACGAUGAGCCCCCUCCACUGGAAGAUGCCGGGGGUGGAAAGGAGAAUGGAAAGCAAGUACAAACGCUCGGGAAGGAAAAAGGACAGGAUACUGAACCAACAGAAGCAUUGGAGGAGUGGCUGGAUGUGCUUGGUAAUGACCAACUGAAGAAAAAGGUCCUGGAGGCAGGCCGAGGCCGAGACAGUCGUCCAGAGAAAGGACAAAAUGUGAAGAUUUGUCUAAAGACAUUCCUGAAGGAUGGGACACUGGUGGAAGAACAGCAGGAACUCUUGUUCACGCUAGGAGAUGGUGAUGUUAUCCAGGCACUGGAUCUCACAGUGCAGCUAAUGGAAAUGGGAGAGAAGGCCCUCAUCGUAACCGAUGCAAAAUAUGCAUACGGUACACGGGGAAGCUCUGAACCAGAGGUCCCCUCCAGUGCAGACUUGUCGCUCGAAGUAGAACUGAAAGAAGUCACUGAUGCACCAGACCUAGAGCUGUUGCCUCCAGUGGAAAAGAUUGCCCUGGCUAGCUGUAAGAGAGAAAGAGGCAACGUGCAUUAUCAACGGGGUGACUACGCUUUUGCUGUCAACUCUUACAGCAUCGCCCUGCAGAUUACUGAAUCCAGCUCUAAAGUCGAUAUAAGUCCAGAGGAAGAAAAUGAGUUGGUUGACGUGAAAGUGAAGUGUCUAAAUAACAUGGCUGCGUCUCAGCUCAAACUGGAUCACUAUGAGGCAGCAUUCAAAUCGUGUGUCUCAGCCCUCACUCACCAGCCAAAUAAUAUCAAAGCACUCUUCCGCAUGGGCAAGGUGCUAGCCUUGCAAGGUGAAUACGCAGAAGCCAUUCAAACUCUGAGAAAGGCACUGAAGCUGGAACCAAGCAACAAGACAAUCCAUGCAGAACUGUCCAAACUGGUGAAGAAACAUUCAGAGCAGAGAGGAGCAGAGCAGGCCAUGUAUAAGAAGAUGCUGGGUAACCCCACUAUCAGCACCCCAAAGAAAAUCUGGGCCAAAUCGUCAUGGAGUCUCAGCUGGAAGUGGUUAUUCGGUGCCACUGCGGUCGCCAUCGGCGGCGUGGCGUUAUCGGUGGUCUUGGCUGCCAGAAACUGAAGCCAUCGGCUGAAGAAGGAGCACAUCUGGCAGCAGUGCCUUCCAACCUUUUUCGGUCAGAAUUGGGGUGGACAUGUCAGUCAGUCUUGUCACUUAACUCUCCUUUUCUCUGCUGUGAUUAAGGACUGUGACGCUCACUGGAAGCUUAAUUUAUGCAUAUCUCAGCUUUUGCCGCGGUUUAUUGUCUUCAGUAGAUUAAUUUAAGGCUGCACCAUUCUGGGAAUAAUUGUACAUCAUGAUUUUCUUGCUUAGAAUUGACUUUGCGAUUCUCUGGGACGAUUUCAGACUCAUUAUUAUUAUUAUUAUUAGACUCCUCAUUGUCUUGUUCUGCUUUAAAGAAACUUUCAAAGGUCUUUCUGCCAUUCUUCAUGGGAGGUCCCGGAAGUACAGUUGGGGGAUUUUCUUCAUAGAAAUGAAUACAAAGACUGACAAUAAUCCAUUGGCGCUCGCUCAGUCAACAUUCCAUUCAUGCACAUAAUAAAGACGAGUUACAAGAAUUUAAGACAAGAAAAUGUAUUAAUGCAAUCGCUUCUCCCACAAGCUGAUGAAUGAUACUCGUUAGCCUUGCUGGUGGCAUCGGCCGACAGCGGGUGGCACCUCUUUGAAAUUAUUAUUUCUGCAUUGCAAUGAAAGUUACCUACAAAUCCCAGUCAGAGAUACUAAACAAUGAUCGUCCCCUUUUUAAAAAUGGGUGUUAUGCAAUAGUUAAGCUAUAAUGAUGAUGAAACAUUCUGUCCUAUUCAAGAGAGAAUGUGAUUUAACGGUACUUUAGUAAACUCCCAAAAUAGUCACCUAAACAUUAGAAACACCCGUGAGGGUGCAGCGCAACAGUCCUACCUCGCUAUUGACUUGUACCCAUCUCAACCCACCCACCCACCCACCCACCUCAACUGUCAACAUAGUGAAACACCUCACAAUAUCAUCUAACACACAACUAUCCUAUCUGUGGAAUUGAAUGCAUUGCAGAACGGCGGUGCAUGCAGUCCAUGGUAAGGACAAUUGCAAUGGUUGUUCUACUUUAUAGUCAGUACAUGCUAUUCCACAUUUUGUGCUCUACUUUAUAGGGUGUAUAUAUUCCACAUUUGACAAUUCCUAUGUACGACAUGUACUAGUAGUAAUUGCCUUGAAGACCAGGGCAGAGUACAGCUACAUUGAGUUUUGACACUGCAGGAAGAAACUUAUUUAUUUUUUACAUUUCUGUCACUUAUUACCUCAGGUUUUGUCGAUUGCGAUUGUGACCAAAUGUUGAAAGAGUCCAAUAUAGAUGGUGUAUGGUUGAUUUCCUUUUAAACUAUUAUUCUGAUCAUAAGAGCUUAUUGCGUUGCAGUAAUGCACCCCUGCUUGAAUGAGUGUCCCCGGUAUCCAAAUAGAUGUAUAAAGAAGUGGUAAAAGAUAGUUUUCAUUUACAUUCACCUGAAUAAAAGUUUUCUGUCAUCACA